GUACAUCCGUGUUAUCAACAUGCCUGAACCAGCGAAGUCUGCUCCUAAGAAAGGCUCCAAGAAGGCCGUCACUAAGACCGCCGCCGGUAAAGGAGGAAAGAAGCGUAGAAAGAGCAGGAAGGAGAGCUAUGCUAUCUACGUGUACAAAGUACUGAAGCAGGUUCAUCCCGACACCGGGAUCUCUUCCAAGGCGAUGGGGAUCAUGAACUCUUUCGUCAACGACAUCUUCGAGCGCAUCGCCGGUGAAGCGUCUCGUCUCGCUCACUACAACAAGCGCUCCACCAUCACCUCGAGAGAGAUCCAGACCGCCGUGCGUCUGCUGCUGCCCGGAGAACUGGCCAAACACGCCGUGUCUGAGGGAACCAAGGCCGUGACCAAGUACACCAGCUCCAAGUAGAGAUCCGCUCCAGCUCUACGAAACCCAAAGGCUCUUUUAAGAGCCACCCAUCUUCUCAUUUAAAGAGCUGUGAUAAUUUUCAUGUAUCUCGCUGUUUGCACUUGAAAAACACCUGUGAUGUGUCGCAAAGUAACAUUACUUUCUAAGGGUAGCAAAGUAACAGCCAUAAUUUGCUAUCCAAGUCAAUGGUGGCAUCCUACUU